GCAACUUUUCACUCUUUGCACUGAGGAGACGUGGGACGCUCGGGAUGGGAUGAGGUGAAAAACAGCGAACAAAAAUGUGAAGAGAGUGGGAGUUGUGAUUUAGAAGAUUAUUAUUUCCUUAUUAACCAAUAAGGAAAACAUGGCGAAUUCAAGUUCUCCACAGGAGGCUCUUAAUUUGACCUCUCCUCAGCCUCACCGCGCUGAGAUCCUGGAAAAUCCACUCCGGACGUAUCUCCUGGGAAUCAUAAUCUCCAUAUGUGGGAAUGUCCUCAUCAGCAUUUCACUCAACAUACAGAAAUAUGCCCACGUCCGUCAGUCUCAGCGGGGCUCCAAGCCUUACUACACCUCUGCGAUGUGGUGGUGUGGUGUGGUUCUCAUGGGCAUCGGCGAGCUCGGGAACUUUGCUGCCUACGGCUUUGCCCCAGCAUCGCUCAUAGCCCCGCUAGGUUGUGUGUCUGUCAUAGCCAGCGCUAUCAUAUCUGUGGUUUUCCUCAAGGAGACGGUGCGCGCCUCUGACAUUGUUGGUGGCACCCUGGCAAUAACAGGAACGUAUGUCCUGGUGACCUUCGCCCCCCACACUUCCACUCACAUCACAGCCCAUCUGGUCCAGUACUACGCUGUCAGCUGGCACUUCCUGCUUUACCUUUUCAUAGAGGUCAUCGUCUUUUGCAUCCUGCUCUAUGUGUACAAGAGGAAGAAGGUGAAGCACAUCGUCAUUGUGAUGCUUCUGGUGGCCCUGCUCGCCUCUCUGACAGUCAUCUCAGUCAAAGCUGUGUCGGGCAUGAUCACAGAGUCAAUAAAAGGCCAGCUGCAGCUCAUCUACCCCAUCUUCUACGUCAUGCUUGUCGUCAUGGUCGCCUCUUGUGCCUUCCAGAUUAAAUUUCUAAAUCAGGCAAUGAAAAUGUUUGAUGCUACAGAAGUGGUUCCCAUCAACUUUGUGUUUUUCACUGCAAGUGCAAUCGUUGCAGGGAUCGUAUUUUACCAGGAAUUCGAAGGCUUGGCUUUACUUAACAUUUUUAUGUUCCUUUUUGGUUGUCUUCUGUCUUUCCUUGGAGUUUUCCUGAUAGCCCGAAACAGGCCAAAAAUAAAGCAACAGGAUCGCAAUUUUAUCGCAAUGGAUAAGAUCCCUGGGAGAAGGCACACAGACAAAGUUCAGCCUGAGGCAAAGACUCUGACAUACGGAUCGCUGGCAGCCAAACUCAUGUGCAACAGAGCUGGCCAAACAGACGAUUCAUAGGACCAGCUCCAUCUGUUUGGACUGUAAUAUUGGUGGAUUUGUGUGUGUGUGUGCAUUCUUCCUCCUGGGUACUUCAACAAUAUCUCUAUUUAUAGAAAUAAAUGGUAGGCAUCAACUCAAACCAGUGCCAGCUGAGCGGCAGUAUUGGUGGCCAUAUUGGUCUUAGAUUUUAUUUAUUUUAAAAAAGGCAAAUCUCUGUCAAUAUCCUAAAUAUCUCUUGAGUUAACAGUAUUUCCAGCAGGGUUGUCAGGAGUAACUGAUGAGGAAAAAAUGACUCUCAAUGCACUGAAACACCUCAGGAUCACAGCGCAAUAUCAAAUGCCCUACUAGCAACAAAUUUCAAUUAAAAAGGGGUCCAGGAGGCCACUGUGCCAAAUGCCUUCCAGUGUAACAUAUGUGUUGUGUUUUUCAGUUGAAUAUGUUGGUGUAUGUGUGACCGGUUGUCAAUAAACAAGGAGAAAAUCUAAUGUUUCAACAGUCUGGAGAUUUCAUGUUCUAUGGCAAAAUAAGUGCACUAGUGCCCUCUAGUGGUGAGAGAGCUCAAAGAGGACCAGACAACUUGGUGCAUGCGGAUCUGAGGUAAAGUGAAUUCCCUUAAUAUGAAGUGACAAACAGAAUAGUAGUUCAGUAGUUAUGUAAACCUUCUCUCACAGCUGUUCAGGUAAAGUUGCUCACACUUAUCUGGCAGGUUUGAAUUUGUGUGUGAAAAAUUUGAGCAUGCUUCAAUCUGAAACCUGUUAUGAUAUAACCCGUCUAAAAAGCACUAAUGCAGUCUGCCCGCCCAUCUUUACCUCAAAUAAACCUCAGACUAUAUACUCAACUGCUACCAAACUUAAGUGUUGCCAAGCAACAAAACUCUCAUCUGCCACCUACACAUUAUGGGAUGUGUGGGAAACCAGUGUACAUGCCAGUGUAACUAUAAAAAGAAUGCAUGUUAAAGUAUCAGUUGUUCAUUGCAUUUACUUAAAAGAGCCAGACUAUAAUGAAUAUUUCAUUGUUGGGGGUUAGAUUAUUGAGUGUGCUGUAACAUUUGUGAGGUUUUACACAGAAGAAGGUGGCAGUAAUUAACCACAGAAGACAAAUCCUGUCAAGUGUGGUAUGUUUUAUUGGCUUAUUCAAACAGAACCUUGUCAAUGCCGUGGCAUUUUUAAACAGAAUCUGACACUUCUCUCAAAUUCAUCCCAUUAAUUUGCCUUUUUAAAAAUAAUAGAUUGACACUGACAUUAAUACGGCAUCGUUAGCAUUGUUAUAGAGGGAUGUAAAAUAAGCCUUAAAUUAAAGGCGCUGUAUAUAAGAAUGUGGCCAAAACGGUUACUGCACUCAAAUUCAAAAUACUGCCGCGAGUCGUGUCCGCCCCCCCUCCCCUACAGAUUCGAGGUUGCUGGACAGCAGCACGCUGGAGACUGAUUUGUUGACUGAUUUGUUGCCUACGGGCGGCUGCCGUGGCAGGGCUGCGUCCUUGAUCUUCGGUUUUCCAGCGGACCGUUCGAGCAAGUCCGGCUUCUCUGCUGCUAACGCUGCUGCCGGGAUACAGCUGAGGAGGAACCGGCUGCUAAUGUUAUGUGCCGGGACACUGCUAAUGCUGCUUGCCGUACUGCUGUAGCUCAGUCCUAACUGUAACUGAUGCUGAGACUCUACUGACUGUGUGACUGGUAGACGGCAGUGGCCAAAACACAAAUUCAAAACAUAAACAUGAUUUUACGACUAUUUGCUUUAGAUUUCUUACAUAUAGCUCUUUUAAUUAAUUUUGGAAACCCAGUUGAUAAAAGAAAACCACAUUUAUCUGAUCCCUUUGAG